UCCUGACAAUAACAGUCGUUUUCAAGAAACGCCGACAGAAGGAUUACUCGUGUUUCUUCUCCGUAAAUCCUGAAAGAUAGCUUUUCGCUGCCAUGGAUUUAUGUAAAGCCACGGGGGUGUGCACGUUCUUGGCGUUUUCGGUAGUUUGCUGUUAUGGUCAAUCAUUCACCUCUGACCCCGUGUCACUACUGGUCAUGAAGGGAACUAACGUGACUCUAUUCUGUGGAGUGGACAAUUUAGGUGCCGCUAGUAUAUUCUGGCUCCACAACGGGUCAGUUUUGUCACUAAAUCACAUGGUAGUGGGUGGGGCCGCGUUGCGCCUGUCAAUCAGAAAAAGGUACAACCUACAUAUCCAAGACGUCCAACCAGCAGAUGAGGGUUCGUACGAGUGUCAGCUGGGAACCAGCCCACCGCUACGACAGACGUCACACAUCGACGUCACUAUUCCACCGGAAGUGACCCUGUCCAACAACACAGGCGAAAUCGAGGCUACACUUGGUGAUGACAUCACAUUCCACUGUUCCGCAACUGGUAAACCGACGCCCAACAUAACGUGGAGCCGCCGUGAUAUGGAUCUCCCAGACGGUACUGAAUACGUCAUGAGUGACGUCAUCACGCUGUCAGAUCUCAAGUACAACCAUGGCGGUAUAUACCAGUGUACGGCUUACAACGGCGUGGGCGAACCCGACCAAGACGGAAUCAAACUCAACGUUUACUACUCCCCAAUCAUGCACACAGACAAGAAGAUGGUGUACACGGGACCAGGGGUGCACACAGCGAUACCCUGUCUUGUGAGCGCUCAGCCGGAACCGCUCGUUAUCUGGACACACAACGGAACGCAGCUCAACCUCAGGGAACUGCCCCAGCACAAGGAGGUCAAGGUCGUCGAAAACGGGUUCAAGGUCGAUUACUCUCUCGUCAUUAACGGCGUUGACGAUAGCGACUUCGGCAGCUACAUGUGUACAGUAACCAACUCGAAGGGUACAGCGUCCGUGGGGCUGAUAGUCACAGCUCUGCCAAGCGUAGUUGUGAUUACCAGUAGUGAUAAGGGAGACUACUCUACAGCAUACGAUAUCCACUGGAAUGUUACCGCAGUUGUCGUCCCUUCCAUGUACCGGUUGCAGAUCCGAAAGCUAAACGACAGUUACAGCACGAAGUGGAAAGUGAUGGACAUUGCGGCGAAACCGGAAGAAGGAAGUGAUCACCACAGUCAGUCCUACAGACUUGUGGGAUUGAUUCCAGACACAAAGUACGAAGUGAGCAUGCGCGCUGCCAAUCGCUAUGGAUGGGGAGAAGACAGCGACACGUUCAUCUUCACAACUCAAUUACCCGGUUUUACCCCGCCCCCUACCACAAAACGUCCAAUCAACAAACACAGCCGAGAAAGAGACGUUUAUGACAAGAAUUCGGGUUUCAGGUCGUCGCCAUGGCAACCUUUGUUAGGCUGUAGUCAUACUUUUGUCAGUAAAUCGUUUGUUGUUUUAACGAAAUACUAUUUGUUAAUAUCUGGACACUACGCCUUAGCAAUUAUGUGAAUUAAGUCUGAAGCCCUGACUCCAGUUAUGAGGUUUUUAAUAUACUUAAGCGUAAUACGGUCAUUGUUAAAGUUUGUUUUGGUUAACGACACUACUAGAGAACAUUAAUUGCAACUUUUUUCUCAUUAUAAUUUUAUUAAAAUGUU